AUGAAUUGCGAAGCGACCGGUGGCAGUUUGGUUGAGUUCUACAAGCGCCCGUACAAUCCGGCAACUCCGGUGCCCCCGAAAUCUCCGUUCGACCGCGUGAAGCGUUUUGUGUAUUUACUCCAGUUUCUGGUGGAAAGUGUUCCGGUUUGGCUGUGGCUUCUGGUGAAAUGGUUGUUUCCUGGUCCACCGAAAAAUAUUACCGGCUGGAAUGCUCUGGUGACGGGUGGUUCCAACGGGAUUGGCCGAGCGGUCGCACUGGAACUGGCUAGAAGCGGUUGCAAUGUGGUUAUCGUUGAUAUCGAUGAAGACAACGGAAGAAGGACGCUGGCUGAACUGCUCACCCACAAUGUUAAGGCGGCUUUUUAUAAGGUGGACGUCGCCUGCUAUGAAGAAAUCGAUCAACUUGGGCGGGAAAUUGGUCCGGUUGAUAUUCUAGUGAACAACGCUAGUGUUUUGCCUUUCUUAGUUCCCGACGAAUACAGCCCAGAGAAUAUUAGACGAACGAUUAACGUUAAUAUUCUCAGUCACUUUUGGACCAUCAAAACGUUCCUGCCGGGAAUGUACGAGCGUCGUCAGGGGCACAUCGUAGCGCUGUCCUCGCUACUGGCCUACCUACCGGAGGGUUAUACAAGAAGUUACAGCACCACGAAGUACGCCAUACGUGGCUUCAUGGAAGAACUGCACGACGAGAUCUACCACGCCGGUUUCGAGAAGCGGGUCAAAACCACUACCGUUUUUCCGGCCAUAAUCAAUACACGCAAGGAAUGCAUCGACGUGUUGCGUUCGCUGCCCAACAAUCCGAACCAACCCGUUUACACUCCCGAAGAGGCCGGUCGACGAAUCGUGGAAGGCAUCAAACGUAAUACGAGAAAACUGGUCAUCUACCAGUCAACUAAGGCAUGGCAGAUUGCACGGUUUGAGGAUCUACCGAGGGCAAUAACUCGACUGUACAUGUACGAAAUAUGGAAGUAA